GGCGGGAGACGCCGGGAGAGUGUCCCAGACGGCCGAGCUCUCCCCAGCUGCGCCCCCCGCGCUUCGUCCUCCCACGUCUGGACCGCGCUUCUCCACCCCACCAUGGCGGGAGAUCCCGGCCUCGCGGUGCCAUCUCGACCGCUGCUGCUGCUGCUGGUGCUGGUGGCGGUGACCGGCUACGCGGCCGCGCAGCACAACUGCACGUGUCCCACCAACAAGAUGACCGUGUGCGAACUGGACGGCCGUGGCCGCUGCCUCUGCCGGGCGCUCGGCACCAACUUUGAGGUCAACUGCUCCACUCUGACUUCGAAGUGCCUGCUGCUCAAGGCGCGCAUGAGCGCCCCCAAGGCCGGCCGCGGGCUGGUGAAGCCGAGCGAGCACGCGAUCGUGGAUAACGACGGCCUGUACAACCCCGACUGCGACCACGAUGGCCGUUUCAAGGCCCGCCAGUGCAACCAGACGUCGGUGUGCUGGUGCGUGAACUCGGUGGGCGUGCGCCGCACCGACAAGGGCGACCUGAACCUGCGCUGCGACGAGCUGGUGCGCACCCACCACAUCCUUAUCGACCUGCGCCACCGCCCGGCCGCCCGCGCCUUCAACCACUCGGACCUGGACGCCGAGCUGCGGCGGCUUUUCCGAGAGCGCUACCGCCUGCACCCCAGAUUCGUGGCGGCGGUGCACUACGAGGAGCCCACCAUCCAGAUCGAGCUGAGGCAGAACUCUUCGCAAAAGACCCCUAGCGACGUGGACAUCGCCGACGCCGCCUAUUACUUCGAGAGGGACGUUAAGGGCGAGUCGCUGUUCCAGGGCAGAGGCGACUUCGACAUGCGCGUGCGCGGUCAGCCCCUGACCGUGGAGCGGACGCUCAUCUACUACCUGGACGAGAAGCCCCCCCAGUUCUCCAUGAAGCGCCUCACCGCGGGCCUCAUCGCCGUCAUCGUGGUGGUCGUGCUGGCCCUCGCCGCCUGCAUUGCGGUCCUGGUGAUCACCAACCGGAGGAGGUCCGGGAAGUACAAGAAGGUGGAGAUCAAGGAACUAGGGGAGUUGAGAAAGGAACCCAGUUUGUAGGUACCGGCAGGGCUGGGGGUGGGGACGGUACCCGAUUUUAGCGUGGUUCCAGAGCCAAGCGAGUUAAGCAUCUUGAUUCUAGGCCCAAAGGAGAUUUCUCCCCCACCCCCAUCCCCAAAUUCCUGCCUCCUACCCCACCUCACCAAAUGUAAUAACUCUUUGCCUCAAGGUCAUCUCUGUCUGAAUUCUGUCUUGAAGGAAACAUUUCCAAAAUUCCUUCCCUUUCGGUCCAACAAGAAUCCUGAGUCGAAGCCUUAAGAAAGGCUUGGCAUAGGGUUAAGAAACUAGUACCUAUGCGACAAUCCAGCGUGGUUUGCAAAAAGAGCCCUCGAUGUUGAAGGCUUAACAUGCAUUUAGAUGGGAAACAUCGUUUUUUAUGUCUUGGGCUUUAAGUUAUUUGAUCCGCUCCAUGGUACCCUGGCCUUCCUGAUGAAAAGAGGCAUUUGCUAAUUGCCUGCCUAGUAUCUUCACCACCGUCUCAAUUUGCGACCACAUAAUGCAGGUCCCGCGAAUGAAGCGUUUCUCAGCUACCCGAACACAUUUUCCAUGUCUGUGAGGGCAGAGCCGGCCGGGGAACCUGCGUCUACUCUUCAGCUUUCCCUAAAUACAGCUGAUAUUAGUAACGUUUCUUUUGUAAAAUGUUUGUACAUAGGUUGUCUUUGAUAAUGCUGCUGUGAUUUUUUUUUUAAAAAGUACGAAUUUAAUAAAAUAUGGA